UGUAGGCACGUCGAAAACAUGCGUAAGCAUGCGGUUUCAAUAUUUUUUCAAGAUUUGUGUAUUUGAACGAACAUAUGCCUCUCCUGACAGCGCAUGACAGGGUUGCAGUUAUCCUUUCCUCAUAAUGUUUGUUUUGUUGGUUAGGAGGAGGACAGUAUAACGUGCAACUAGUUUCUUAAGAAGACAGCUGCUCACUUCCAGUCGUAACUAGUUGAAAUCACCAGUAACCAUUUGGAUACAUCAGAUUGAUGAAGAAAUAUGGCGCCUUUCGGUUCGAUAUUGCGACACCCGGUGUUCUGUGUGGUAGCGGCCAUCUGCAUGGUACCCGUCACAGCAGGUUCUUCAGUGUGCUCCUCCUGCACCGGUAACAACGUGACCUGUGCUGACGGUAUAUGUCUGCCUCGCUGUGUCAAUGUGACGUCCUCUGGAGAGUGUCUCAUGUGCCGUGAUUUCAUGUUUCACGGGGUACAGUGUGAAACCCUCUGUCCACACACCUGUCUCAACGCGCGUUGUCAGAUGAACAACUCCCAUGUUGUUUGCAAAGAGGGAUGCGUGGCUGGCAAGAAGGGAGAUAACUGUGGUGUUGACUGUCCGCCAUCUUGUACACACUGUGUAGGGGAUGAAUGUAUAGGUCCAUGUUUGAACCCCCGGUAUUUUGGUCCUAAAUGUAAAACACCAUGUCCCGAGGACUGUAAUAGUGGCUGCGAUAAAAACACAGGGAAAUGCAAACCAUGUUCUGUAGGUUACAUGGGGGAGCACUGUACCACUGUUUGCCCCUCGGGAUGUAAAGAUGGGUGUCACCAGGAGACAGGGGCAUGUAACAGCUGCAUGCCUUGGUACGGUGGGGACUAUUGUGACGUUUGUCAGACAGGGUACCGCGGGAAGUACUGUAACAUUAAUUGCCCAGCCUUAUGUACAGCGUGUGAGCGCCAUGGGAAUAAGUGUAUCGGAGCUUGCCUGAAUAUUUGGAAUUACGGUCAAUAUUGUAAUCUCUCAUGCCCAUCCAACUGUAGAGAGAGGUGCCAGAAGUUGACGGGGGAGUGUGAUGGUUGUGUACCGGGGUUUAGAGGCACAUAUUGUAACGUUACCUGUCCAGUAAACUGCACAGAGUGUACGCGUCUUGCUGAUGAGUGUGUGGAACCGUGUACUGACAGCAAGUCCUAUGGAGCAUCCUGCCAACACCACUGCCCAGUCAACUGCAAGGACGGCUGUUACAGACUGACGGGCGACUGCAUCAACUGUAACCCUGGUUACAGAGGGAGAUACUGUAAGCUUCCGUGCAGCAAUGGAGCAUGUAAUCCAGGUGACCCGAGGCUGACUACGAAAGUCGUUGGUGGCGCAGUAGCUGUGGUGGUGCUGCUGGGCUUGUCUAUAGCUGGGUCGGUGCUAAUGAAGCGUUAUAGAAGCCACCAUAGUCGGGUUCCUGCCGCCGCUUGCCGAGCUGAAACAACACGUCGAUGCAACUGUGGCGAUUACUGGACACACAAAUACUGGGAAAUAAAUGAACAGGACGUGAACUCGGAUCAAUGUUUAGAGGAAGUAGCUCGGCCCACUUCGCGUUAUCCCCAUACACUGGCAAGAACAACCCGCGCUGAAAGCAGACCAGAGAAACCGGAACAUGAACGACGGGGGUCCAACAAAAUAGAGGAACAAAACGCCAACUCUAUAUCUGUUCCAGGGACUCUCAAUAUUGAGACAUUUCAGGGGUCUAACACUGGGGCAGGAUUGACAAUGACUGCUUCCUACUGCGAAGCACGUCCUACUGUAAUUCAUGAUGAUGAUGAUGAUGAUGGCUUGUAUCCAAUUGAUGAGAAAGUAUCUUUUCUGAACACUGAAGGCGAUCCAAUACUUGCCUCAGCCAAAAGUGAAAAUGGUAUUGAUUAUUGUCAUAUGUCACUUGACACCCAAAGGUUGAUUAAAAAGACUGAUUCGGUCCUAUUCAUAGAGCAAAACUGUGACAUGUCCAAAGUCAACGUCAAAUAUCUGACCCCAAAGUCCAAACUUAAAACUUAAACCAUGGUCGUGUCCGUUUACAUUGUACAGAGAGACAAUUGAAAAUGUAUACUUAUAAUUAUAAAAUAAAAUAU